UCGGGCUAGGUGGGGCCCUCGUUUUUUCCAUAAAAUAAUAGCCAAGAGAGAAAGGUCUCAAGGUUCCCUCUGGGCGCCCCACCUCCCCAAGGAGCAAUUGCAAUUAGGAAAAUCGAGCAAUAAUGUUCGCGAUUACGACGCGUUGAGAUCGUGGCGAGACCGGUUUCGGAAGUGACAGUGCCGUAAGGACCUAACCUAACAUCUGCCAGUAGGUUGUGUCGUAUCCGAAGGGACUUUGUUGUCAUCAUGUGAUAAGACGAGUGGAUUAUUUUCGAGGAUAUGAGAAAAUAUAGCUCGAGAAAUGUAUCCGAAGAAGAUAUUGAUAUUAUCGCUCGCCAUCGCCCUAGUCACAUGCGCGGAAUCCAAAGAACGCAACUUUCGCAGACUGGUUGGCGGUCACUUAAAAGUAGCGGACCAAACAUCGAACGAUGCGGAACUCCUCGACGCGAGAUCCAGCGGUUCCAACGACAAGAAGAAGGCAGAUUCGGACGGAGGCGCUGAAGAGGAGAAGAAGACGUUGGCUCAACAGGUGGCCGACGGAAAAUACGGCCUGAUCCAGAAGGAGCUGUUCAAGAAGCCCCUGAAGCAACCGGGAAUCAUCAGUUAUGACGCUAAUCCCGAAGUUCCCAAGGACAACAUCAACAGCCUGGGAGGGCUGAGCAAGGAGGACAUAUGGCUGGCGGAGAACCAUCUGUUGGUGAUCAAGGGAGGUACUUAUCCGAAACAUUCGGAUAAAUUCGACAACUCUCCCUUGAUUUGGCCGGCUAUCGACAACUACACGGCGCCCAAGAGGCCUGUCAAAUUGCCGUCACAUCCUAAGGUACCGCCGCCAUUUCCUGUCCAACUCACCGAAGACGGACCACUACAAAUCCUGGGCACAAACUCUACGCGAACGCUUGAUGUCCCGCCGUCCCUAUACGCCCUACCGCCCCCCGAAGGCGGCUACGUACCGGGAACGGGACCAUACUUCCCCCAGAAUACGAAUACGGCCGACGCUGCUGCCGGGGGAGCUCAGAACGAAAAUCCUAAGAAGACUCAGGGGGAAGGGGAAAGGGGGCGACCGUUCCCCCCGUCGUCUUUGAACGGUACCUUGCCCCCCUUCUUUGCGCAUUUGCCCCCUGGCGCGGUGGCUGUGCCGCCCCCGCCCUCGAUCAACGACUUCGACGAAGACGACCCUUCGAUCUACUAUCCGCCGCCGUACAGCUUCUCGUACCCAAGUAAGGACAACUCCUCUUGGGUGCCGGCCGGUCCGCUGGUACCCGGGAUUAUCCUACCCCCACCGCCGGACUUCUUCGCGCCGGAAGAGGAGACGCCCACGACGAAGAAGACGCCCAAGAGGCCGGUAUACACUAAACGGCCCAAGGUGCAGAAGACGACGCAGCAAUCUCCGCAGAUCCAUCCCACGACCACGCCCAUACCGCCCACUUCGGUGAUUAACAUAACCCUUCGCAAACCUAUCAAGGUGGUACCGAACAGCCCGGCGGACAUCAACAACGAAUUAAAGCCUAUCGUUACAACCACGCCGGCUACCAGAUCUUCACACAGGACUACCACAAAAACAUCAGUUAACAAAAUCAAGUCGUCACGUCCACAUACCAAGAGACCGUCGGUUACCAUACUGAAACCGGUCAAGUCUGUCCAAUCGCAUAGAACGUACUACAAUCAAGCACCAUCGUCUGGUAAUCCAUUCAAAAUAUACGGUCCGCCUAGAACAACGACGAAACCCAAAAGCUCUACCCAAGUGCCACUACAACACUAUUACACUACCGCAGACGACAUCAACUCCAACGUUGUCACGGUAAUACCGGAAAGAAACACCGCGAAACCCACCAACUACUAUUACUACGAAGAAGACCCUCAGACCAACAGCGUGACAACUCCGCAGUCCAACAAAGUAGCUCACAACUUCUUCAACCUGCCUAACCAAUAUUUCGAAGCGCCGAGAAAGACACAACAGCCAAGGACCAAGUAUGUUUACGUAACGUCGAAACCAUUCAACGCCCCCAGUCCUAGAUACAACCAAGUACGGCAGAGAGGAAGACCGACCAGCUUCAAUUUGCACCUAGAGAAACUGAAGGAGCAGAUAGAGUAUUUCUCAUCGCCAAGACCGGUGUUCAGAGAGAUUCAAACGCCGAGAGCCGUAUACCAAUACAGUUUUCAGGCGUCUAAAUAUAAGCCUGCAGACCAGAACAAUUUCCGACCUUCUCAGCCUGAUACCCCAACAGAUGACGAGGAAGGUUUCAAACCCAUGCCAAGAUACAGCGUGCAGAUCCAACAAGCUGUAGAUAUUUCAACCAACCAAACUACUCCAUAUCCACCCCAAAACCCGAUAUACUUCAAGCAAAGCUUCAGGGCAACAACAGAAAAACCUUUAGAACAACAACAACAACGGUACUACACCACAGCCAAACCCAAGUUCACCUUUAAUAACGAACAGACUGGAAGAGGAAAUGUACUGAAGACCAACCCCAGCGUUCAAUACACAUCUGGAGUGGUCGACCACAAUAACGGUUACAGCGGUUACUUCUUUAAGCAGGGAAAUGGUUAUUACGAAGACUCGAACGACAAAAACAAGCAAAUAGAUUUCGGGCAACGAAUACCUAGUCAUACCACCGCAGUGCCAUCAUUGAGAUACUCCACGCAAUCUCCAAAGGUGGUGUACGUAACAGCAAGCAGUAGCCCGCCGCGUCAAGCAAAACCUAUAUCACUGGAAGGAGACACCUUGGUCAAUUACAAAAACCCCCGUCCAAAUGUGAACCCGGACGCCGAACUGAUCCCUGUGGAUACCCCUCAACGUGUCGAACACACCAAAGCUGCUAAAAACGUACGAAGGCCUUACAAUGCCAAUUUGGAAGGCGAUAGCUUGGUAAACUACGUCAACCCCCGACCGAAUAUAAAUCAGAACGAUGAACUGAUCCCUGUGGAAACCCCUCAGCGUGUCAAUUACCACAAAGCGGCCAAAUACGUGCAGAGGCCUUAUAAUUCCAACUUCCAACAGGAAGGCGACACAUUGGUCAACUACUUGAAUCCUCGGCCUGCUAUAAAUCCUGACGCUGAACUGAUUCCUGUGGACAACCCUCAACGUGUCAAAUACCACAGAGUGGCUAAUUACGUACAAAGACCCUCCACUUCUCACAAUCCCAACUUCCAACUAGAAGGUGACACACUGAUCAAUUACAUAAACCCACGCCCCAAUAUAAAUCCGGACUCCGAACUGAUCCCUGAGGCCAUCCCUCAACGUGCCAAAUACCCCAAUUACCUGCAAAGGCCUCUGCAAUCUUAUAACUCAAAUUUGAGACAAAAUUCCAACGGGGGGGCACAAUACCUAAAGGCUGUACCAAUAAGCGUACCCAACGAGGAUGCAAGAAGAGGGUCCUUCAUCUCGUAUUCAUUGCCUGGUAACAACGGGGCACAUUUUUACUUCCUGACACCUCAGCUUGCGCAGAGUACAGAUCAGGGAGCCGAUUUCUAUUACUCCCAAAGGGACAGUGAAAGGAUACGAAGGAACAAUAGGGGCGGAAACAAAAGAUGAAGAAUCGAAGAGAAAAGUGAAAAAUUCUCCAAGUGUCAUUGUAGUAGGAUAACCUCGUAGUGCGUAACAUAAUCGGUCUGUGAUUUUUAACGUUUCGCCAGGCGAAACAUGACUUUAUUUAAAGAGCCUUCAAUGGUAUGCAGGGCGAGUCUUGAAGGUGUACAUUAAAUUUAACGCAAAAAUUAUUUCAUUUGAUGAAAGACAUCUAUAGUUGAAUUUAAUGUACAACUUUAAGACUCAGCCUGUAUAUUGAAUUAAUGUUAUCUACUUAUUUAUAAAAAAUUAAUAUAGUCGACUAUAUUUACACUAGAUUAGGAUAAUAAUUUAUAUGAGAAAAAUUGAAAAUUCAAUUAAAUGUUGGUCUUGUUAAUCA